UUCCAGCGGACCAAGCUGGGUUCCUCCUCUAGCGACGGGUGCGGACUUUGGUUACCACACGGAGGGAGUCCGCCGAGGAACGACUUUAAGGAGCAGCUUAGCGGGGAAAUAAGUGAAAAUGCCUUCAAAUAAAGAAGAUGGCGGAUGGAAGAAGUUUCUGUGGGAUUCGGAGAAAGGAGAGCUGUUUGGCCGUACCGGUAGCAGUUGGUUCAAAAUUAUUUUGUUUUAUGUCAUUUUCUACGGCUGCCUGGCCGGGAUCUUCAUCGGAACCAUCCAAGCCAUGCUGCUCACCCUGAGCAACUACAAGCCCACCUGGCAGGACAGAGUCGCACCCCCUGGCCUUACACACACCCCACGAUCAGACAAAUCUGAAGUUGGCUUCAACCUCAAUGACUUUGAGACCUACCUGCCUUACACCAAGGCCCUGAAGGAAUUCCUGGCCAAGUAUGACGAGGAACAACAAAGGGACCAGAUGAAGUAUGAGGACUGUGGAGAUGAGCCUGCAGAGUACAAGAACCGGGGCGACUUGGAGAGCGAUGUGGGGAUCAGGAAGGCCUGCCGCUUCCCCAGGAGCCUGCUGGGACCCUGCUCCGGCAUAGAGGACCGCGAGUUUGGUUUCAAGGAGGGCAAGCCCUGCCUGAUUGUAAAGCUCAACAGGAUUGUCAACUACCGUCCAAAGCCUCCUAGCUCUAACGACAGUAUCCCUGAAGAGGCUAAACCCAAGGUGCAGCCCAACGUCAUCCCGAUCUACUGCACCAACAAGAAAGAGGAGGAUGCUGGUAAAAUUGGGGAGAUUAAGUACUACGGUAUCGGCGGCGGCUUUCCCCUGCAGUAUUACCCCUACUACGGCAAGUUGCUGCACCCUCAGUACUUGCAGCCGCUGGUGGCGCUGCAGUUCACCAACCUGACGAUGAACACUGAACUGCGCAUCGAGUGCAAAGUGUACGGAGACAACAUCGGCUACAACGAAAAGGACCGCUACCAGGGACGCUUCGACAUCAAGCUCCAGGUUAACAAUUUAUGACCGUCGUCAGGACCGUAGCACUUUCCCUGACAGCCUAUCCCCCCACCCUCCCUCUCCCUCCUUGUCCUUAUCUAAAUAGAAAUCUAAUGUAGGAGAUUUUAAGUGAGGGGGUCAGGCUGCAGCGGUGAAGUCAAUCACAACUAGUCUUGAAUGAAUUAAUGAGAGAAAAAACCUGAUAGGGGACCGAUGUGUAAUCUGUCUGCUUUCAUAACUAGCUUCUACACUUCUGUCUAGCGUUAGAAUGUAAUUUAGAGGAGAAGUAGAAAUAGACCUAAUGAAAAUAUUUAUUCUGCUGUAAAUGAGACUUUUAAACAAGCCAUGGGACGUUGUUCAUUGAUGACUGUAAAGUUUAAUUCCAUCUCUGACCUGUAGCGAGCUGUGUUUGUCCCCCACCCCCUCCCCCUGCAUAUCGCUGCCUCGUGUGGUUCCAGUAGAUAUUUUUGGAGUUUGCAGUAGUCGCAAAAUCUGGUCCUUCCAAGCCACGCCUCAUUUUCUUCUGCGAGCAAGCUUUAGUGGCUCUAGGCAUCUGUGUCAGACAUAAACACUCACACACUCACUUAACUUGAUGAUUGAAAUUGUUUGAUAUGAAACACUCUUCUGAUCUGUGUAAGGAAAAGGCUGCACUCCAGGGAACUUCUUUCCUCUUUGUCUUUUACAUGUGAUCAUGGGUGACUUUACUUUGCCUUUUUUCUUUGAUUUUGUGUUAAAUCACUUGAAACGUGUGAAGGAGUUUUUAUAACUUUGUUUCAUGCCUUUUACUUUUAUUUUUUAUUUUUUUGCCUUGAAUUUAGAGUUGUGUGUCCAGCCUGUUAGAGGCUGUGAGGGCGACGGUGCUAACUCGAGUUUUUAAGAAGUUUUUUGCUGGAUUCAUCACAGCAUUGUGGUGUAACUCUCUGAAUGUUUGGCCACUGAACAUGGUGAAAGGAUUUUAUAUUUAUGCAGUUGUACAUUUUGUUUCUUUGCAGAAUAUUGUAUAUUGUAUAAAUGCAAUACCAAAAAGUGACGAGUUUAAGAGAGUCUUUGUCAGAAGCAAUGCAGUACUCGUUUUCAGGAUCUCAUCAUGCUGAGUGCUAAAGUCGGUGUCUCGCCUUGUAACCUUUCAAUGGUUAAUGGAUCCGUGUUUUGGCCAUGAAUGUAGUUCGGUGUAGAAUUAACAGUUUUAAUCCCACAGUGACCUGAUGAUCAUGCAUUUAAAUAAAAAAAAUUUAAAAAAAGAUCAGAGUUCUUACAGAGCUCAGUGGCUUUAGAUGAGUACUGGUGUCUGCUUUAAUAUUCCAUAGGAUCUUGAUGUAAAACGCUCAACUUGAACUUUAACACCAGUCAACUUUCCAUCAUUUCAUCCUUGUAAUUUAAUCAAAGAGAGAAACUAAUAAAAUCAUAAUGAACGUU